AUGAGCAAUACGGCUAGGAGUUGGAUGUAUGAUAGACUAGAUGCCGAUGAAUAUAUUUCACCUAUUUUCACAAAUGGAUUGAAGACAUUCAUUGAAUUUGCUUGUAGUAAUCAAAGUUUUAUGGAUGGAGAUAAAAUUAAAUGCCCUUGCAAAAAAUGUCUAAACAGAGCAUUUCAAGAAGUUGAAGUUGCAAAGUUUCACUUGUCUAAGUUUGGUUUUAUUCCGAACUACUAUUUAUGGAAUAAACAUGGAGAAACAUCAAUAGGUAGUACUUCGUUUGGGAUGGAUGAUACACACUCUCCUUUUAAUGAACACCAUGAUCCCUCUUACAGUGAAAUGGUUAUGGAUGUUGCCGGUUAUGACUUUAUAGGAAGAACUUUUGAUGAGGAUCCAAAUCCAGAAGAUAAGAAGUUCUUUGAUAUGCUAGAGGCUGCUGAUAGAGAAUUAUGGUCAGGUUGUAAAAAAGCAACUCAAUUGUCUGUUGCCGCUAGACUAUUGAAUAUCAAAUCAGAAUAUCGCAUCCAUGAGCAAUGUUUUAAUGCAAUAUGUCAAUCGAUGAAGGAUGGGUUACCAGAAGAUAAUAACAUGGUUGAUAGUUUGUAUGAGACAAAGAAGUUAAUACAAGCACUUGGUCUACCUGUGGAACAUAUUGAUUGUUGUAGGUCUGGAUGCAUGUUAUAUUGGAGGGAUAACAAAGAUCUUGAUCAAUGCAAAUUUUGUGAAGCGCAGAGGUAUAAAUCUUCAACAAAUUCUUCUAAGUGUUCACGUGUAGCUUACACCCGAAUGCAUUACCUGCCUUUAACUCCAAGGUUGAAAAGAUUAUAUGCUUCUCAAGCAAUAGUCGCUUCCAUGCGAUGGCAUGCUGAGGAUCAUGGUCAUGAUGUUGGAGUUAUGUGA